AUGGCGAAAUUUGUAAGUGAUAAGGUAAGAAAUCACAUACCUGAUGAUCUUGCUUUCUCCAUUCUAUCAAAACUUCCUUUAAAAUCUUUGAAGCGGUUUGGAUGUGUAAACAAAACAUGGUUAGUUUUGUUUGAAAACCCUAAUUUUAUGAUCGACUUUCGUAGUAAUUUCGUAUCCAUUCCUCACUCUUAUUACAAAGAUACAUCUUUCCUCCUUCAUCAAACUUUUUAUAAUCACGAGCAUAAUUACGUUAGUUUCUCUUUGCAUUCACUUUUUGGUGAAAGGUUUAAGAAUAAAGUUAAAUUAGACUUUCCAAAUCUAUUUCGACAAGAGGAUCCUGGAUUUUAUGUAUUGGUUUCUGGUAGUGUAAAUGGAAUUCUAUGUCUUUAUGAUCGAGACACAAUUGUAUUGUGGAAUCCAACUACCAAAGAAUUCAAAGUCAUUCCUCCCAGCCCUGCCGAGUCUCUACCACUUUAUGAAGCUAUUAUUAAGUAUAUUCAUGGAUUUGGUUACGACCCUUUUAGUGACGACUAUAAGAUUAUUAGGAAUGUAGGUUUUGUUCCAAUAACAGAUGAUGAUGAUGAUGAUGAUGAUGAUGAUGAUGUUCUUCCAUUUGAUGUGCAGUGGGAAGAUGUGUGUGAGAACUAUGAUACCUUUUGGGAGGUAUAUAGCGUAGUAUGUAACUCUUGGAGGAAAGUUGAUCUCGUCCUUCCUACUUGUUAUUGGGAAGGCGGCAACUGUAAUGAUAAUCUACUAUACUUGGAUGGAAUGUGUCAUUGGCUCUCUAACUCUUACGGAGAUAACAAAAAUAACAAUGAAGAGUACUUGGUGUCAUUUAACUUGACCAAUGAGGUUUGUUUUACCACACUCAUGCCCGCACUCACGCCUUUAGACAUAGAUCCCAAUGAAACAUGCAAUUGGGUGCAGCGUGCGCUGGUGUUGUUAAAUGGAUCCAUUGCUUCAAUUUUAUGGUAUACAACUACUUUUCACAUAUCAAUUUUAGGCAAAUUGGGUGUGAAGGAAUCUUGGACUAAAAUCUUUGUUGUUGGACCCUUGUCCGAUGACAUUAGGUAUCCUAUUGGAGCAGGAAAGAAUGGUGAUAUAUUCUUUGCAAAGAAAGAUGGAAGAGAACCAAUCUGCUUUGAUUUAUGUACCCAAAUGAUUGAGGAACUUGAUGGUGUUAAAGGAGCGCAUAAUUCUAAAAUAAUAAUUUAUAAAGAAAGUCUUGUUUCUAUUGGAGGAAAAAAUCAUUAG